CUCAGGUGAGCUUUCUUGCAUUUUCUCCUUUGUUUCUGUGGAGCGCUCUGCUUUUAACUGUGAAUUGUUCCCGCAGAUUCGAUGCAUCCUUCAUCUUCAAAAGUCCCUUCAGUAAGUUACUCUCAAUCUGUUAGCACCAUUUCAUUUGAAGGUUCUCCCUCCGUUUCACUUGGAUCUAAUCAGUUUUUUUGUUGUCGAAGAUUCAUUCGGUGGAGGAACUUCUGGGUUGGGAUGCGCUUUCUCAAUCUUCCAGAUUUGCUAUGAGCAGAGUCAAGGGAGUGGUAUGAACAAACGUGAGCUCUCGAUUUUACCUUUUUGGUAUUUUGGGUUUUAUAUCUCCAUUGAACGACAUUAUCGAGCUAUUGAAGCUUCUUUGUAGGUUUUCUCUCUUGCUCUCUACUCCCAAGUUUUCCUUUGGGUUUUACGAUCCUGUCGUUUCGAGUAGGAAACUCGAAUUCGGUGAGCGCCUAUUAGCCUAAUCUAUGUGAGUAUCAUUUUCUACAAUAGAUUUGAUGUACUUUGAUUUGUGUCGUGUACUUUGAUUUGUGUUCAUGUUUCGAUUUGUGACGUGUACUUUGAUUUAUCAUUGGAUGUUUUUGGAGAGAGCUACAUUUUACCCAUGUUGUAUUUGUCUAUCAUUGCGUACAAGAUUGGGAUCUCUUGCCUUCUUUAUGACCUUUUCAUUUACUUUUUACUCAAUUCGCUUUAUAAAUGAAGAUAUCAAUGAACUUCUAUGAAAUGGUUUCCCGCUUUUGGCUUUUAGUUCCCCAAUACAACUGUUGCGUGCAUGCUACUCAAAUUCAGCUAAUUAUUAUCUGCCAAUCCGAUUGUUAUUCCUGUUAUUUGCGAGCUAAGUAUUGAUAUUUCGAUUGGCCUCUAAGAACUGUUUGAUUGGAACUUCUUCAUUGAAGAUUGAGCGGUGUCGUUACAAGCAUGUUAAUUAGUUAAGAAACUAUAGACAUGUAAACUUUUUGUAUCAUUUCAUGUUAAGUUAUUACUUGGUGAAGCUUCAACUCUCUUAUGCUUAAUGUUGUUGCAAGGUAGGAGAAUUAAAUGAGCUGAAGUUCAAGAGUUGAUUGUAGAGACUCAAUCAAAUGUGUUUAUGUACAACUAAAUCCUUUUAUAUUUCCCUCGGAUGUAUAAUCAUACAUGCAAGAUCAAUGAAAUAUGAUCUGUAUUUUCACUAUCCAUGUACAUGAACUUUCAAAUGCUCUAUGCAAGAUCAACAAUAAUUCAGAAAUGGAACAGACUUCGCAGCGAAGUGCGGGUUGAAUACUAGUUUUUAUUAACGUUGUUGCUGGUAGGGGAGUGCAACCGUCUAGUGGAAAUGGUAUCAUGACAGUCUCGUUCGAAUGGUAUCAUGACGGUCUUGUCACGGUUUUCUUUAUUUUUUAUUUUUUGAUAACCGGAAAUGAUUUUGCAUUAUAUUUGAUCUUGCCCGAUUAUCUUCAAUUGUUGAGCGCAUGGGUCCAAAAUUCCAUAUCAGUCUUGUGCGGACCCAAACGUUGCUGGACCGUUAGUGAGGGGUGGCAUAGUUAGUAAAUUAUGUUAGGGAAAAGUUACUUAUAAAAUACAUAUGAGUAUUUUAUUUUGUCUUUAAAUUAAUGAUACGUUUUAUUAAACGUUAAAGUAAUAAAAUAUAGUUAUAUUGAAAAUAAAUAAAUUUAUAAAUAAUUUUCAAAUAAUAUAUUUAAUUCAUUAAGCAUAUUAUACAAUUUUUGUACGUGUUUAGUUCGAGAGCCAUCAAAUGACAGAGAAAAUAAAAUGACUUGGCAAUAAUACGAAAAUUAAAAUUUUAACUGCAUCAAUACGUACACUAUUAAUUAAUAAUUAUUAAAUGGAGUAUUCAAGAUGGGAGGAGAAAGUCGCUACAAGUUUCAUUAUUGUGUUAAAAAAAAAAAUUUCAUUGUUGGUGGAUUGGGCCUGGAGUUGAAUAAAUCGAGCCUGAUGAAUGUGGAUCACGGGGUUUUGCUUGUAUCUUAGAUCUUGCUAACAUUAUUUGCCCCACCGUUAUGAAUAUGGGUGACAAUGGGUUGGGUUGGAGGCGGAUAGUACAUAUCUGUUACUCUACAGUCUACCCAAAGUAGUUCGGGUUUUACUCAUACCCAAUGUGAAACGGGUAAAAAAUCAAGACCAUGCCCAUACCCGUUCGGGUUUCGGGUAUCCACGGUUAUCCAUGGGUAAUAAUUUCUCUUCAUAACUCUAAUCAAUAUGUUAACAUUCACGCAUAUUCUCAUAUUACGUAAGAGGAAAAAUACGACAAUAAUCCACUAGAAUUAAGAAAAUUAUGAAGUCAUGAGAAUCUUGUUGAAUCCUUGUCGUACUUUCGCACAAAGAUCCGUGGUAACCUUUGUAAGUGAUGGUUGCAUGUCUGCCUGUCUGUUACUUCUCCAUGGGAAUCAAAAGGGGUCCUAUAAGGGAACAUAUCCAAGCUAUUGGUUGCCGUAUGCCUUUCAUAAGAAUUUUGGUUGUGGAUCAUAAAGUCCUCGAAUGAAUCUUUGACUGACAUGGGUUGUCUUUUCUGAAAAUUUUGGUUUUGUCAAUUCUAUUGGUUUAAAAAGCAAAAGGUUUUACAAGGAAAUUUUGUUCCUAACUGCUGCCUCAUGUAAGAAGAGUUGCCAUGCAAGCUCUGUUAGAUUCGCUUUUGCAUGUCUAAAAGUUCUGCUUCUGGAAAUUAUAUAAGCCAAACAUGCGAGUUCUUAAAAGUGAGUUUGCUUACCCUUCUACAGCCUUGUGUCAGUGGUGUAAAUCCUCGAAGAGAAAACUGGUUGUUUGUUCUUAGAAUAUAGCUCACUGACACGCUGAAACACAACACCUAACAAUGGGCAAGUGUAACCAAUGAAAGGGACUGCAGUAUAGUGGCACAAGUAAUAAAUAUCGAAUCCACGGGUCUCUAGAGUUACUAUUACUCAGCUUCAGUUCAUUAUCUAGCAAACUAGAUUAAGGAUUGAUUUAUAAACUACUCUACUAACUACUCUACUAAUUACAAGUUGGGAACUCACUUAGGUAUGAUUCCCCCUAGCUCCUCAAUUAGGUCCAAGUUGCAAUUACUUUUGGUUGGUCUACUGUUGAUUAAACUGCGGAAGAUCCUAAAUUAUCUUGGAAUCUCUUAAACUGACCAAGCCCUCUUAGACAAAAUACCCGGCAGGCGACUAGCCUUCACCGGGAUAGACUGUUAAGGCGAUUCACACAGAUCUCCACUACUGGAAUGAAUUCCAGUACAAAGCAGUGAAUUGGUUGACUCUCGCACAACCAAUUCACCACUUUGUACUGGAAUUCAUUCCAGUAGUGGAGAUCUGUGUGAAUCGCCUUAGCAGUCUAUCCCAGUGAAGGCUAGUCGCCUGCCGGGUAUUCUGUCUAAGAGGGCUUGGUGAACUUAAGAGAUUCCAAGCUAAUUUAGGAUCUUCCGCAGUUUAAUCAACAGUAGACCAACCAAAAGUAAUUGCAACUUGGACCUAAUUGAGGAGCUAGGGGGAAUCAUACCUAAGUGAGUUCCCAACUUGUAAUUAGUAGAGUAGUUUAUAAAUCAAUCCUUAAUCUAGUUUGCUAGAUAAUGAACUGAAGCUGAGUAAUAGUAACUCUAGAGACCCGUGGAUUCGAUAUUUAUUACUUGUGCCACUAUACUGCAGUUCCUUUCAUUGGUUACACUUGGCCAUUGUUAGGUGUUGUUUUUUAGCGUGUCAAGUUUUUGGCGCCGUUGCCGGGGACAUUCUAGAUUAUUAGGAAAGGCAAAAGUUUGUUACUUUAGCGUUUUUCUUUUGUUUUCCGCCCUUGCUUUUCACUUGGGUGUUUUUUGUUUUUGUUGGUGCAGAUCUGAAUCAUGGACCCUCAUGGCUUCUCCAACUAUUGGGGGUAUCCACCACCAUCCGAGUGGUAUUACCCCGAGACUCCCUGGAGUAACCAAGGAGGAGAAGACUAUGGAGUCGGGUUUCAGUACCAACUCCCUACUACGAAGAACAAUCAGACCCCUGGGUAUUUCAAGAACAAUCUCCUUAUCAAGAAGAAUUCCUCCCACAACAAGAAGGACCAUCAGAUCUUGGGUUUGCCACAGCCUUCACGGGCGAUCCGGCAGAGCCAUGCUACACUCCACAGCCGGAUCCAAACUAUCACUUGAGGCUUCUCGUGGAGCGGAUUGCUCGAGUACCUGAGAGAUCCUUUCCCGAGAUGGAUCCUCAUAUCCAGGCCAUUGCCCAAACUGACUUCUCAUUUCCCCGUGAAACAGAGGAUACCCUUCGGAGCAUAAAGGAGCACAUAAGUCAUUGAGAAAGCCUGUUCACAGUUUUCUCAAGACAACCUUUAUGCUGCCAUACAAGUAGAGGUGGAGGAAGAAGAAGGCAAUCAUGAGGAUGUUGAGGAGCAUACAGAAGUUGUCAAGGAAAGCUCCCAUGAUAAUCAUGAUCAAGUGUAUCCUCUGGUGGUAGAUCACAACUUUCCCCAUUUCCGCUCUGACAUGCUGGGCCCGAGCGAGGAGAUGCAAGUUGAACUUAUUGAGAACCUUGCAUGGCGACUUGCUCUCCAAUCAGUUAUGGAAGAAGAAGAGAGAGAAAGGGUGAGGAAAGAAGUUGUGAAGGAUGAGGAAGAAAGCAAAGAAGAGGUAGUUCUUGAUCUUUUCCAAGGAGAGAGACCACAUUUUGAAGAAGGAAGGGGGUUGAAGAAGCGAGUGGUGUCCAGGCUGAGGAUGAAGUUGAGGUGGAAGAGGCUUGCAUCAGCCCUAUAAUACAAGUAAUAUCCCCACCAAACUUCGAGGAACUGCUUAGCAAGGACCCAUUUGCAGUGUCUCUUUGCCAGACCAAGGCCACAUCGACAUCAGUCCCUCUUGGUGGACGCGAUGGUGGCCAAUCGAUGCUGUCAUAUCUGGUUGGGGCAAUGGGACGAGAGAAGAGAAGAAGAGGUCUCGAGGAUGGAGACUUCAUCUGCAUCAAGUGCACGAGCUUCCAUCACCAGUCAUACCACAUGCUCGUGACUUGCGACUCCACCUCAUUGACGAGAACCUCAACUUCAAGGAGGUUCUAGCAUGGACCGAAACUUAGGAGCCAUCGUCCGGCUAAUGACGUGAAAGAAGCGCUUGUUGGGAGGCAACCCAACCAGUCGGUUUGCAUUUCUUUCUCUAUUUCUCCUCGGUUGAGUCAGUUUUGUUAUUUGAUUUUAGAGUCAAUAACUCAACCUUUGUGAGAUUUUGUGUGGUGUUUGUGUUCUGAUUACUCUCUCUUUCUAGAAUGCACCGCCUGACCCGUCCAUCAUCAUUCACCCUUGAUCUGGUAACUUCAUUCUACCCUCCUUAUCUUUCCUCCAUUGAGGACAAUGUCGUGCUUAAGUGUGGGGAGGUGUUUGAUUAUGUAUGCGGGUGAAUGUUUGGCUGUUUGUGUGCUUGGAGCCUAGUCCAUUGUCCAAAUUUGAGAUUUGAGGGCUCCAAGUACUGCUAUUUGCUUGAUCAUAUUGGCACUGUGGUUUUAAUUGGUGAAUUGAAUGGCUUUCGACUUAAUGCAUGAAAACUGAGGUGUGACUAGGACAACCUAUAAUGAUGACUGAGACGUGCAAUAGAGUUGUGUAGGGGUUUGGUUUUUCAACUGUAUGCUUACCAACUGUGACUUGGAUUGAUCACUUGUUCUUGACAGUCGGUUAUGCAUCUAGUUCAGGGAAUCAGAAUGAGAGAUAGAGCAUAUAGGUAGCCAUGUGAGAUUUGAGCCUGCUCGUUUCUUUCUUGUGCGAUAGUUCCCUCUUCCAUAAUGUGUAGCAUUCACGUUGUCAUUAGCUAAGAUGAUGGAGGCAAAGGAUUAGCCCACGACCAAAUUGACUGUCCUGAUGUAUCAUAUCCUCUAGUCAGCCCCUUUAAGCCGUGUGUUAUCCUUUCUUUCUAUCUACAAUGAAAAAUCACCCUUUUGCAUCUUUUAGAAGGUUCCACAGAGUGGUUUUUUACAUGUUCUCUGCUGAUCUGCUAAAUAUAAUGUGAGGGUUGGAGGUAGUGCUUAAAAGUUGGGCAUAUGUUUGAAAUAUGUGCAGAGUUGGUGGUUCUCUUAAGGAAUGAAAAAAAGAAUGAAAGAAAAAAAUGAAAGCAAAAGAGAACCACUACCAAAAAUCUGAAUAGUGCCAAUUAAGUAGUGUUUCUUAGCAGUCUGGCUUGGAAAUGCUGACAUUUAUAUAACCUCCUUCGCUCGUGUGCUCGUAAGAAUUUGAGUAAUGCAGAAUGGCAGAAAGAAAGUAAGUGGUUUGAUUGACUGUGAUUGUGUUGGGUUUGGAAUUGUGGAACCUUGUGCUACGAAUACUUCCACCACCAAAAAGGCCUUUUCCCCAUGUCCAAGACCCUAGCCAGUCAUCUGAACCUGUGUCUAAGACCUCCGGAUUAGUUAGUGGUGACACCUCAUAUGUGAACUCUAGCAUUUAGAGGUUGCCGUCAUGGUGAAGAGAUGUUAGGGAUUGAGAGAAUAAGCAUGCGCAUUUUCUCAUAUUGUCCUGACCCCACUGGUCGAGAGUGAGCGAUUCAUUUUCUCAUAUUCUCUAUACUCUUGUACCCCGGUGAGGACCUAGAUUGCUCGGUCUCUAUUCUGAUAUCUUGAGUUUUGUGCAUGAGGUGACCCGUGACUGUCUUGAGUAAGUGGUUGAGUCAAGUCUAUGUUGAUUGAUGAACAGAAGGGAGACUCCUCCUUUAAUCGAUUUUGAUGCACUUGAAUGUCCUCUGUGGUGGUUGUCCAGGUUGCGGUUGAAGUUGUUCAUGUGUUGAUGUUUGAAAAUCGGUGUGACUCCCAUGUUUUGUGCCUAUAUGAUUUGUCCCCAAUGUUGGUAUGAUUGAAAUUGUGAGCUUACCUUGUGUCUGACUUGGUUUGCUUGGGGACAAGCAAAUGGUUAAGUGUGGGGGAGUCCCCGGCAACGGCGCCAAAACCUUGACACGCUAAAACACAACACCUAACAAUGGCCAAGUGUAACCAAUGAAAGGGACUACAAUAUAGUGGCACAAGUAAUAAAUAUCGAAUCCACGGGUCUCUAGAGUUACUAUUACUUAGCUUCAGUUCAUUAUGUAGCAAACUAGAUUAAGGAUUGAUUUAUAAACUACUCUACUAAUUACAAGUUGGGAACUCACUUAGGUAUGAUUCCCCCUAGCUCCUCAAUUAGGUCCAAGUUGCAAUUACUUUUGGUUGGUCUAUUGUUGAUUAAACUGCGGAAGAUCCUAAAUUAGCUUGGAAUCUCUUAAGCUGACCAAGCCCUCUUAGACAGAAUACCCGGCAGGCGACUAGCCUUCACCGGGAUAGACUGCUAAGGCGAUUCACACAGAUCUCCACUACUAGAAUGAAUUCCAGUACAAAGCAGUGAAUUGGUUGACUCUCGCACAACCAAUUCACCACUAUCAAUCAAGGAAGCUCUCUUAACCUAAUCAGAUUCUAUCUAUCAUAGGUUAAAGCAGAAAUCAAGAGAAUUUGAUCAAGAUUCAAUUGACUCUAUAAAUCAUGCCUCAAUCGAUUAUAAUCAAACAACAUAGCAUCCAAAACUUCAUACAAGAAAGAUCCUAACACAUGGAACUAGGGUUCCUCAAAACCUAAGUGAAGGGAAGUUACUCCAUAGAGAAGAGAGAGACUGCAGAAAUCUGAUCUAGAUCUUCAAUCUCCAUCUCCAAGCUUGAUUCCCGAGCUCCAAUGGCGAAGAAAUCCUCCAAAAUAGCUCCAAGAAUGUUCCCAAGUCGCUCUCUCUCUCUCUAGGGUUCGUCCCUUGGGUGUUUGGGAACCAAAACCCAGCUCUCCCUCUCCUUUAGCUUGCAAUUGGGUUAAAACCCAGAAUUUCCCGACUCACACGGCCAGGCCACACGGCCAUGUGGCUUACCCAGCUGCCCGUGUGAGUGCCAAAACGCGGAGUUUCGAUUAAUGGGCAACCAGGCAAGCUACACGGGCAGGGGCCACACGGCCGUGUGGCUCCCCAGGAUGCCCGUGUGAGUGCUCGGUAAAUCCCACAUGGCCAGGUCACACGGCCGUGUGGGUUUUUAGGUGUGCCCGUGUGGCUUGCUCAGCCUUUGUUUAAUGCUUCGUUUCUCCCUCGUCUGGACUCCGAAUCAGUCGUCGUUUGAUCCCAGACGCUCGUAGUCUCGUCCUCUUUCUUUUCAUGACAAAAUUCCAUUAUUAUUUGUCCAUAAUAUAAGGUAGAAGUCCAUUAUUCCUCAGGUCAUGCUCGUGUUUCUUCUCCCGAAUUGCCAAAUGAUCUCCGAUUGACUUGAAACUUGUGCCUAUGCUUCAAUUCACAUGCUAGGACCUGAAAUGUGACAAAGGAACACAACCUAGCGUAAAAUAGUCCAAGAAAGCAGAAACUCAAGCCAAAAUGAUCAAGAAACGAGGGUGCAAACAUGUGCAAAUCCGAUGUUAUCACUCAUGUUGGUAACAUCCAAGUGAAAAUAAAGAAGUCCAAGUAGGUUUUGUGGCUAGUUAUUCCGUCCUGUUGUAUUAACUAGAGUAGAACAAAUAUUUGGCUUGGUUAGUUGGUUGACUUCUAUCUAGUAGCACUGCUUUUGGUUGCCAAACUUUGCUCCUCAUAGCUUUCCAAUUGAGGUAAAUUCCAUUAAGAAAGCACUUGAAAUAUAAUUUCUAGAAGAGAAGCAUGUCCAGUGGUUGCACUCUUCUACUCUACUAACCAUUUGAGUUGAAAUUAUCUUCCUGAGCAUAGUGUGGCUCUGUUUCUCACUUUCUGUUUGCUGCUAUCCAUUAAGCCAAGUUGCAAGUCCCAGUUUCCCUCUAAUUGAUAAAGGGAGUUGCUGUUGCAGCCCACAUAGUUGGAAUUACUUUGAAGAGUGCUUAUGACUCAUUUGUAAGUUGUGCUUUUGCAUGUUAGUGCUUAAUUAAGCUAGUAUAAUCCUGCUAGAUUUGACAUGGGUAAUAGACGGGAGUUACAGCAUAUUGCAAACAUAUACUACAAAUAUUGUGAGCUUGUAUAAAUGUUGGUCCCUAUGCUGGACAUUCCAUUUGUUAAUGUCCUAGACUAGAAGGAUAAUAUGCCUAGUCAUGGUUGACCUUCUGCCUCAAGUAAUGAUUGGUUGUGGCUAUUUUCUGCAAGUGAAAAUUACAAAUGGUUGCUUAUUAUGCUUGCGUAAGGAUUGGUAUGUGAUUCCCGAAGUGGAAACUAUGAGGUCAUAAAAGUUGUUUAUGCUUAGUCAUGGUUGCCUUUUGCCUCGAGUAAAGAUUGAUUGUGGCAAUUCUCGAAGUGAAAAUUAAGAGGUACUAGAGGGGAAUCUUGCUUAGUCAUGAUUGAUUCUUGCCUUAAGUAAAGAAUGAUGGAGGUAAUUCUAGAGUAAAACUUAUGGAAGUCCCAAGAUCUUGAUAACUCCUUGUUGACCUUUUGCACAAAAGAUCUUCUGUCCCUUUUGCAGUGUCUUAAAAGGUAACAUUGGUUGAUCCUGGUUGUCCAUCUACCUUGUGCAAAGAAUCCAGUUUGACCUAUUCUCCGUGUUAAUUGGAAGGUGCUAUGACAGCCAAGCUAUUGGUUAUCUUUUCUGCCCUAAAUAAGGUUUUUGGUUGUGGAUAUUUUCUGAAGGAAAAUUAAAAGGUCGCUGAACUAAUCGUGAUAUCUAUGACUGCUUAUCUGCUCUUCUAGUUUGGGAAAUUCCUUGAGUUUAAAAGCACAAGGUUCUAGAAAGGGACGUUGGCCCCAGAUGAUGACUCUCUUAAGCAGUAGCUAAGCCAAUUCACUCAGUUGCCCUUUUGAUUAUUUAAAAGUUGUGGUUCUGGCAAUAGAUUCUGUAAAGCUGAACUUAUGAGUUUCGGGAAGUGUGUUUUCCUUGGUCCAUAUUUCCCUUCUGCUAUCGCAACUCAAGAUUCUGUUGGUGGAAACUUUCAAAGUGAAAGUUGGUUGUUCUUGGAAUAUAUAUCAUGUCGAUAACUGCCAAACGAAAAUGAAAAAGUCAUAGGCAAAGCUAGGGUUAGUUCUUGUUGUACAGUUGUACUGCUGUAUUUUCGAUUGUUUUUCCUGGUUAAUUAGUUGAUUGCUAUCUUGGUAGCACUUGCAUUUAUACUCAUAUUUAGAAUCUUUCUGUGGUGUGCUCUUUUUACUAUUCUUUCGUACUUCUUCUCUUUAGAGUCCCUACUCUGAACAUUUCGCUAUUAAGGUUAUAGAUGUAGUUAUCCUUACACAUGCUUGUCUUCCUGCAUUUAGUAAAGAUUUGUUGUGAGUUUGUGACUAUACCGUGGUGAAAAUGAAGUGCCUAUAAGAGAAUUAUAUUUAGUCAUGGUUGUCUUUUCUGCCAUGGAGGAGUUUACUUUUUUUUUAUGACCUGCAUUAUACUAUUGGUUCUGAUGAUAAUGGUUGGAUUCUAGACCGUAUAAAGUUGCUUGUUGGAUAGAGAUUUUAUAUUGAUGUCUUGUAGGAUUCUGCUCACUUGUCUUUUGCAUUGGAGUAUACAUGAAAACUUUCUUUCAUGUUAAACAGCGUAUAAAAUAAUCAUAGCUUCAUUUUUGUCAGUUUAGUUGGUGAUCAUCAUAAGAUUGUGGUUAUCUUGAUUCAAUUGGAUAUUUGAAAGUGAACUUAUUAUGGUAUGAAUUUGUUGCCAAGUCUGAAACUAUACUACAUAGGGGCUUACUUUGUUACUUGCAUGGGUAUAUUGGUUGUGGAAAUCGGGGGCAUUGAUCGAGUUGGUAUAGUUUCAAUUUGAUAUGAUUAAUACACUGCUUCCGAGUCCUCUUGGAAUUGCAUAGAUCUUAUCUGAGAGAUCGGGUGUAAGUAUGCUAUGUUUACUGUAAUCACAUGCAGGGGAAAGUUGCAGAUGUUGAGCCUCUAAACUCUUAUAAUGGUACUCAUGAAAGCAAAAGGGUUUGUUUGAAUCUUAUAUGGUCACACUAGCAUGUUCUAUUUUUGCCUCUAUAUCAUUGGAUCCUUGCUUCCAUUAGUUGACCUUUCCAUGGAUAUGUCGGUUUGAUGAAGUUCAUAGUGUUGUGGGAUAUAUUUAACUGACUAAUUUGUGUUAGUUCUUACGGGGAAUUUAUUACUGAAACAAAAGGAGAGUGUGUGUCAUCAGCUGGUUACUUCUGAGCUUUGCAAUGUGAGAGGUAGAAACAAUUCAGAUGAAAAAUCAUCAUAUGUCUAAACAAUCUUAGAGAGUUCGAAGCAGGAUUGUAUCCAAAUUUCGGUGGCAAUUUGGUGCCAAGUCCAUAUGUCUAAAGCUUAUUAUGGUUGGUGAUGUGAUAUAGGGGAAAAGAGGAAAGCUAAGGCAAAAGGUUCUGUAUUUCGUAAUUCAUUGCGUUCACAUAAGCUUUUGGUUCCUCUACUCUACUUCCAUAUGUUGGUUCGUAUUCCCCUUGCCAAAAUAGAAUAUCACAGUGUGUCUGUAAGUUGAUCUUCUCUUGGAUGAAGUUGUACAGGUUGGGAUUAUAUUUGACCAUUUACAGAAGUAUGUUUGUCUAUUCGGUUGGUUGUUACAUGGUAGGUUCUCUUAUUCACAAUGAGUUGAAAAAUGAACACUGAUAGUUUAUUGUAUAUAGACUGUAGACCUUGGAAGGAGAAAGUUCGUAGAUGGCAUGCAGAGUCUGUGACAAUAUAUAUGGUCAUCAUCAUAUGUGAAAAGUGAAGAGGCAUGUUCUUUGUAGUUUGUUUUAUGGUUAAUAUGGAUCUGAAGAGAGGUUCCUACUUUACUAUUUAGAAAAUGAAUGAUUAAGUCACUCUCGAGCUUGUGGAAAUUUUUGUUGCACGAAUGGUGGGGCUGGUAAAGUUAGUGGUCCAAAUUCCAAAACUCUUGUGUUGUUGGUUUGCCUGGUUGCCCUUAGGGAUAUAACCGUGGAUAUUCGCUCGAAUCCAAUCUAAUCGGGUAGGGCAAAGUCGAAUGACUUUUAGUGGGUACGGGUGCGGGUAAUGGGUGGGCAUGGGUUUCUCAUUAUCCAACCCGAACCCGUCCGAUUAUACACAUUCAUAUAUAUUUUGUCUAGAAAUAAUCAUUAUUUUUCUCUAAUAUAUUUAAUAUUUAGCAUAUAAAAAUAGUAUUUUCAUGAAAUUGUAUUGUUUUAAUUAAUUUUCUUCAUUCUAGUGAAUUAUUGUUGUAUUUUUCCUCUUACGUAAUGUGAGAAUACGCGGGAAUGUUAACAUAUUGGUUAGAGUUAUGAAGAAAAAUUAUUACCUAUAGAUAACCGUGGAUACCCAAAACCCGAACGGGUAUGGACAUGGUUUUGAUUUCCUACCCGUUUCUUAUGUGGGUAUGAGUAUAGCUAAAACCCGAACUACUUUAAAUAAGGUAACGGAUAUGCACUAUCCGCACUCGACCCGACCAAUUGCCAUCCCUAAUUGCCCUUUCUGUUAUUUAUGAACAUCUUGGUUUGUUGCAUUUGAGACAAGUAAUGGCAGUGGGAGUCCUACUUUUAUGGUGUGGCUUGUGAAUACCAGAACUUCUCAUUCAUUUGCUUUCUAGGCCCAACGAGCCUGCCAGCGGUUUUAGCCCAAAGUGACAACAGUAAAAAACGCGCCUCAAUUUUGUACCGCCAAAAUCUAAUCCCCUCCUCUGACCUCUGCCCAUUCUCCAUUCCAAUGGCGGCCUCCAGUCCCAUGCACGGCCUUCCCUCACUCUCACUGCCGUCCCGCCUCGAAACCCCCGAUCCCGUGCUUUCAUCUCCUCCGUCUUCUUUCCCGAAUGCAAAAAGCCUUUUCAUAGCAAGGCGAAGAGCCAUCUUCCUCGGGUCCAGUGCAUUGGUGGCGGAUUUUUGGUUCGGCUCCCUCGGUUCCGCUUCAGUCUCCGCCGCCAUUGCUGGACAACUCCAAGCGGAAGAGCUCGAACAGGAAGAAGAUCGAACUGUCCGCCUAUUCGAGAUGACUUCGCCAUCAGUUGUUUCGAUCAAGGAUUUCGAAUUAGCCAAAACCCCCAGCAGCUCCACGAGCGUGGAGGAGGACGAUGAUGAUGCGAAACUUGAAGGGACUGGGUCCGGUUUCGUUUGGGAUACAUUUGGUCACAUUGUCACUAAUUACCAUGUUGUGGCUAAAUUGGCUACGGAUACAAGCGGAUUGCAGCGCUGUAAGAUAUUUCUGGUGGAUGGUCUUGGCAACAGCUUGACCAGAGAAGGGAAGAUUGUUGGGUUCGAUCCAGCAUACGAUCUUGCUGUUCUUAAGGUUGAUGUAGAGGGGUACGAACUGAAGCCAGCAGUUUUUGGUACCUCCAAGGACUUGCUAGUGGGACAGAGCUGUUUUGCUAUUGGCAAUCCUUAUGGAUAUGAGAACACUCUUACAACAGGGGUGGUCAGCGGGCUAGGAAGGGAAAUCCCAUCACCCAGUGGGAGAGCCAUCAAAGGGGCUAUUCAGACAGAUGCAGCCAUUAAUGCAGGGAAUUCAGGUGGACCAUUGGUUGAUUCACAUGGACAUGUCAUUGGAGUCAAUACAGCAACUUUCACUCGAAAAGGAUCUGGACAGUCAUCAGGGGUCAAUUUUGCGAUACCAAUAGACACAGUGGUCAGGAGCGUGCCAUACCUUAUCGUCUACGGAAUGCCUUACACCGAUAGGUUCUGACCAUUUGGUUGCAUCUUUUGAGAAGUGUUGCCUUCUACAAAGUUUGAGCACUGUGUAUCUGAUAGUAAUAUUCUCUUGUUUAUAAUGAUCAACAAUGCUGUUCCACCAUUUGCAAAUGCAUAAAUUAUGUUCUCCCGCUGUGCCAUGGUGGCAUUGUAAGAUCAGACUCCGGCAGGUGGCAGCAGUGCUUGCUCAUGAUUGCUCGUUAGAUAAAACGCUACGGGUACG